CCACGCCUGUCGCGCGUAUAAGAGUAAUUUAGCAGAGAAACGUUAAAUUCUCAAAUCUAUGAUUGGGGUUUGGUCUCGCGGAUUCUCACCAGUUGAGAUGACGGUGUGUAUCAUGUACAAGUCAACUUAGUCAAACAAUCUCCAGAUGGUGGAGAUGUGAUGUUGCUCUGACAUGCAUGAUAUCCACAUUUCACCCUGAGGAGUGAGUAACAGUGCCAUGGCUGAGGUGUUGGGACAGAAAAGCUUGUUGGGCUUUGGUGUGGUACUGGCAUGGCUGCUACUUUUCCACUUGCUGGUCAACAUCUGGCUGCUUUGCGUGUUCACCAGCCUGCUGGUAGUGCUCGGUGGCUGGCUUGGCUCGCAAGCUGUCCUGGAGUCCAACAGUGUGAUUCACCUGGAGAGGUUUAUCACCUUGGAGCAGGUUCCACCCUCUGUGGAGGAUGAGCAUCACUUAGACCAGGAGAUCCACAACACAGUGAGGAAAAUCAUCAGGGACUUUGUCAGCUCCUGGUACUCCACUGUGUCCUCUGAGAGUGCCUUUGAAAAGGAGGUUCAAGAAGCCAUGAUCUCUAUGGCCAUGGAGCUGAAAAUACGUGCGAGACAGGUCGACAGAAAGGAGCUGACCCAGAGGAUCCUGGAUCUGUUUGGCUGCCACCUGCAGGACUACAUCAGAGCCAAGGAGCUUGUGGGCGAGGAGCAGAUGCCUCUGACGUCAAAGUGGAGCGCUGACAGCAAGCAUUUGUGGAAAGCGUAUUCCAGCAUUACCACGCCUCAUCUUGCCAUGACCAGUGACACAGUGGAAGUAAACUAUACCAGAGCAGUUGUGGAUUUGUUGCUGCAUGUUUUGGUGCCAUCACCACACUUGGAGACCCGCACUGGUCGGUUUGUUGUUGGAGAGCUCAUCACCUGCAACGUUCUACUGCCUCUUAUUGACAGAUUGUCUGACCCUGACUGGUUAAACUGUCUCAUGAUUGAAAUAUUUGGCAAGUCUAGCAAACCAGAGGAGCCAAUCGCAACAGAGCCACUGACACCGCUAGCACCGCCACCUGGUGAGUCAGAGCUUCUUCCACUACAAGAGACGCAUGUACCUCAAAAUAUCCAUCAAAAUAAUGAGGUUCUCCCACUAAGAGCUGACCCUGAAAUGUUUAAUAACAUAGAGGUGGGCACAACUGAGCUUGUUGCCUAUGAUGUGAUUGAUUCUGAGGAGGUGAACUGUCCACAGAACAACACUGAAGAGGAAGAACCCACUCAAGCCUUCUUAAGUCACUACAUGCGAGGAAGCAAGUCUAACCCAUUUUACCAGGAAAAUGACUCUGACCUGGAUUCUCCUUUAGCUGACUUUAAACAAAGUUCCAUAGAUUCCCUGGUCAUGGUAGGUCAAGAGGAAGGCCUGGAUGAUCGACAGAAAGAAUGUGCCAAAUAUGCUGAGAACUUCAAUGGUGUCAACAUGGAGGAUGUUGGCAUCAGUCCAGUGGAUGGCACCUGCCCUAAAGUCAUGGUGAAUUCACAACCAGUAGAGCAUCCUAAUGGCUGCAGCUCCUCAGGUAGAACAGCAGAGGGAACUCAUAGCAUAAGCAGCCUCCAGGACCUGGAGAGAGAGGGCAGUUACCCGUCAGUAAACCCAGCAAGAGAGCUCCUUCUGGGUGUAGAACAGAGUGGACUGGGGAAUCCCAGUGAGCUGACAGAAGUCAGUCCGUUGCAGUCCUCUUCCCCCAUGCCAUCAUUCAGUUUUGAGCCCCUUAGCAGCCCUGAUGGACCAGUCAUCAUCCAGAACCUGCGUAUCACUGGCACGAUCACAGCUAAGGAGCAUCGUGGCACCGGCUCACACCCCUACACACUUUAUACUAUUAAAUAUGAGACAGCAGUGGGCUGUGAGAGUGCAGGAGGCAUUCAGCCAGUCUCUGAGGAUGUUGAAGUUGUACCGUCGUGUUGUGAGAAUCCAUCACCCAUUCAGCCAGUGGCCUAUCACAUGGUCAACAGACGAUACAGCGAAUUCCUCAACCUGCAAACACGGUUGGAAGAAAAACCUGAACUACGGAAACUCAUCAAAGGUGUUAAAGGUCCAAAGAAAAUAUUUCCAGACAUGCCAUUUGGAAACAUGGACAGUGACAAGAUAGAGGCCAGGAAAGGACUUCUAGAAACCUUUCUAAAACAACUCUGUGCCAUCUCUGAAAUAGCCAACAGUGAAGAGAUGCAGGAGUUUCUGGCUCUCAAUACAGAUGCCAGGAUCGCCUUUGUCAAGAAACCUUUUAUUGUCUCACGCAUAGACAAGAUUGUGGUGAAUGCCAUUGUGGAUACCCUGAAGACAGCGUUUCCUCGUUCAGAACCUCAGAGCCCAACAGAGGAUGAGGGAGAGGUGGAUGGAGGGAAAAUAAGUGGUGACAAGAAGAGCAAGUCUCGUCUGAAGUUCUCCAGUAAAAAUAUCCCCUUCGUGAACGGCUCAGACAUUAGACCAUCGGUUUUGUUCAGCUGGGAGCAGACUAACACGGUUUUUAACGGCAUGUCUGUGGGAGAUUUGGAAGCUUUUCUCUCUGAACAAGAAGAAGUGAUCACCAGAGCUGAGCCAGAGAGGGAGGACAGUGCCAUAGUAAGGAAGAAGGGAAGCUGUCUUGUCGACACUUUGAGUGGACAGCACAGUCAGGAACCUGCUUCAGAGACGGCGCUGGCUGAGGUGGCUCUGAACAUCAUGUGUCUGCUGAUGAAGAAGCAGUGGAGCUGGCUGUGCAGUGAGAACAUUCAGAAGACCAUCAGGCUGCUGUUUGGAACCCUUAUUAACAGAUGGCUGGAUGUGAGUGUAGCCAACUUAACAUGCACCAGGUACUGGGUGGUGUACCUGCAGGUCAUCCAGGAGGCUGUGUGGCCAGGAGGAACUCUGCCUACGGCCCCUCGACUCGAGCGCAGCCCGCAGCAAAAGGACAGCAGCAGGCAACAGGCCUUACACUGUCUGAUGGGGCUCCUACCAGAUCUGAUCACAGACAUGUUGGGCUCAGACAAGUACAAACUCAGCUGGCAGACUGCACUGGACUCCUUUCAAGACCCAUACAUUAACAGGUACCUAGUCUACUGCAUAUUUGAUCUUCUGUUGGAGUUCCUGGUUCCUGAAAUGUCUGAGGAGGACUUCCAGAAGAGCCUGUUGCAGACCCUCUCCAAGAACCCAGAGAAGCUGCUAGCAUGAUAAGAAACCCCACAAGAACACAUGCAUCAUCUUAAGUGAUCAUUAAGCACUGAUGAUUAGCUGAAAAGCAGUGUGACAGCUCGGCUGCUCCUGUCCUACUAAUGUCUCUUAUUGAGAAAGUGAGGGAAUGUCACUGUCCCCAUUUUAAACUCCUGACAUCCCUCAGGUCUCUCUUUAGGUACGUAUUGUUAAACAGACUCAUGAGGCUCAUGAACACCAUGUCCUGUAUACACACACACUUUAACACAAACUACAUUUGACACAGCUUUGAUUACAUGAGAGCACCUGGUUUGUGUUUAAUCUCAGAAUGUGUCUGAUCUGAACAUGUGGCAAAGCCUCCUUCGAUCUCCACAUCCCGCCUCUUCCUGCCCGCUAAACUCCCCAGCUUUGACUAAACUCACUUCAGAUGGUCUUCACACUCUGUCCUCAUCCCCUCUUGUAGUCUCUGGGCAGAAAAACCCACACCUGUUGCUCUAAUCUGGAGAAGCAGGAUUUGCUUUUUCCCCUAAACUUAAAUCUCCAAAUGCUCUAUUGGGAUUUAGCAUCAGUGUUUUUGUUCUCUGUUGACCCAUUCUUCAACAUCCCUCUGGCUCUGUAUAGAGCCACACAUGUGAUCCUGACACAAUAUGGGCUAUACUUCCUAAAUCUGAGCCUUCCUGAGGGAUCACAUGUCUCUGGUAGUGUUUUUUUUUAACCCGCAUGUGUCCAGGUGUAGGAAAAAUACACAAUGUUGUGUAGAGUGGUGAAGGACUGCCUGUGAUAUAUUUUACUGACUUCAGAGAUGCGUCACCCUUCUUUUAACAGGUCCCUUGGAGAAUUAUCUGUGCAGUUAAUGUCUAAAUCAUAUAGGAACUGAACUCUACGAAAUCAGGUUUAUGAAGGCUGUAUUGGAAUGGUUUUGGUCCACAUUCGCUCAAUAACUUAAAAGUUUCUUUUACUUUCUUACUUUUCUUUCUUUCUUUCUACUUUCUUUUUCUUUUGUUUCUUUGUCUAAAAGUUUUUUUGUAGGUUACUAUAAAAAGUGAACUGCUACAGUUUCUACUUAAAGGGACAGCUCACCUAAAAAUCAAAAUGCAUAUUUUAUCACUUACUGUUUAUCCAUCUAGAUGGUUUUGGUGUGAGCUGCAGAGUUUUGGAGAUAUUUCCUGUAGAGAUGCCUGCCUUCUCUCCUGCAUAAUGCAACUAGAUGGCACUUCACCUGUAGUGCUCAAGAUGCCAAAAAAUACCUUUGGAAAAACUCAGUAGCAAAGUUGAGAAAUCACAAAGCUGUAUACUCAAGAUAAUCCACAGACUUUGUUGUGAGCAGUUUCACAUAGGAACUAUUUUCUUUUUCCUGAACUACACCGUAUCACAGUGCAGAGGGAAACGUGUAUAUGGUAAUGGACGAGAGGCCCGUGCUCAUGACAGGGUGGGAUGUAAACAUUAAGCCGUCCUAACUGGGUGAGCUGUAGCAUUAACCGUCUCAGCUAGCUUAGUUAGCUUAGUGAGCUAGCCUUUCAUCCAUGAGCAGAUGUACUAAUAGACCUUAGAAACCAUCUGAAGAGAGUUUUAGUUGUGUCCCCACACUGUCUAUAUUCACUUUAAACAUUCUGUUUUUUGCACUUUGUUAAUCUGCCUUAGCAUCUUAUUGCCUUCUUGGUGGUAACACAACAAUCAGCGCUUCUUUCCAACUUGGAUAAACACAGUGAUAGAAAGCCAUUGCAGUUUACUGAAAGUAUCGUAAGUAUGUAUCCAUGUUACAACACAGACCAUUAUUAAUAUCUCCAUCGCAGACGUGAUGUGUUAACACAGAUGGUCUUAUACUGUUUAGUUCAUCUUCAGCUGCAGCUAGCCAGGAUGAUGAUGUUGCAAUCUACAGUAAAUCAGACUUUCUCAACCUUUUCUGCCAGCAUUUUAAUGUUCCAAUAUGUCAUGUCUUAAAUUUUGAGAAGCUGUUGUGUGAACUGUGAUACUGUGUAAUUUUGUAUUUUACUUUUAGGAAUAUGAAGUAAGCAACAAGUGGGUUAUACUAAGACUAAGGUACGCAGUAUUGUCAUUGAUAUUAACACUGACUGAAUCUACAUAUUCAGCAAAGUCAUGAAGUUGUUUAAGGAGUGUUACAUUCCAUCUAGUAAGUGAAAAAAAGAAGUUAAAUCUUAAUGUUACUAUAAAUGUUUAUGUUUCUGUCAUUCCAGUGUUUUGCCCUCUCACUCUUUUCCCUUUGUAUUGUGUUAACUUGAUUCAGCCUAUUUAUUAACCUAUUUAUUUAACUGACUAAUUGAUGACCCUUUCUGGAUUCCGUCCAUUAAAGAACGAGCAAGGUGCCAGUGCUGACAGAGAGCAGCAUCCUCUCUUCUGAAGUGCUUUUAAGUGGAUUUUGCCUUACAAGGUGACUUGAUGAUGCUCUGGUCUGCCUGUCCUACAGCUGUAAUCCAGCUGCAGUGUAGCCACUGGCCACGCCUUAGCAGAACGUCAGCACACAGUUCCAGCUCGCUGUAGUGAAUCGCUUCUUUUUAAUGUGGCGAACUGAGCUGAAUGUUACAGUUGUUUAUUGUGAAGAGAUUGUGACAUGCAUAUUCAUUCUCUUAUGUACUGCUGCAUAUUGCUGCGUCCAUGACAUCAACUAUUUGCUGUGUGUAUUAAAAAGUAGCUUAAAAUUUUCUUUCUUAACAAGGUCCUAUUAAUGUCAUAAUGAUAGAUUUUUCUCGUCAUUACUUUACCUUCUUGUUAUCACACCAGAUCAGUGUAUCUCAUUAAAAUAAGACAUGUUGCUUGUUAUAACAUGAGGUGGUAUAUUAUUGUAAUAAGAAAAAGAUCCAGUAAGUGCAUGAAGAGAGGACAGUGUACCCUACAGAGAGCUAGAUACUAACAGGGACUGGUUUAUAUUGCUUGAUUCAGAUUUAAUUAGAUGCUUGAGAUGAGAUACAGCAAAAGUAUCAGCCAUCCACUCAUCCAGCCAUUCAUUCAUCAUCUAGAUAUACUUGUGGUGUGAAGGAUUGCAGGGGAGCUGGAUCAGAUCACUGAGUAAAAUCUCACCACCAGUCUGUUUCACAUCUACACCUUCAGUUCUAACUAUUACAAUUAUGUUUUUUUCUGAUACAUAAAUGAAGUAAAAUAACCUGGUGGUGCUUGACUUCAGAUACCUUAUUAAGCUUGCUACAUACUUGAAAACAUAGAGAGAGCUGAAGAACUGGGUAGGAUGCCACACAUGCGUUAACCACUGUUCCACCAGCAUGUGUAAGUCAGUGCAAUCUGUCUAGUUUUUCUUUCAUUUGUGUGAAAAAAUGAAGCGUGUUCAUAGGGUUUACUGUCCAACACAAACCAGCUCCACUACAUCACCAAGUUAAAAGCUUGAUCAUUUUAACUUAGUUAAAACAACUGUGAGCAUAGAAAAUAAGUGCAUCUUCCAUCCAGUUUGAUGCACACGUUUAUGAGUGAGGUUAGAGUUUUAGUUGUUUACGCUGUGACAAAUGAAAGAUGUCCCCUCACUUCUGCAAAGUAAGCACAGAUGCGCAAAACAAAAGAGCUUUAAAAACACCCAUGUUUUAUGACUGAUCAAGGCUGCAGUGUCUCCUUAGGCCCCCGACUGGACUUUUACCUCAGUAUAACAAUAUACUCAUGUUUUAAUGAAAAACAUUUCUUGUUUUCAUGAGACACUUUGUGUAGUGAUGAAAAGGUUUCAGUCUGACAAGAUGAAGGAUGUGAUGUUAUAGCAUGAGAGGUUAGCUGGAAAUCAUUUUGACAUGUAGCAAUAACCAGCUACAUCAUAAUAACAUACCUUGUUAAUUAAAAGGAUUAGAAGGAUUAAAAGGAUUUUCUGUAAUGGCAGCAACAAUACGCUGCCCUACUUACCUGCUUUGAUUAAUGGUGGAUGUUAAAUGUUAUAUUAUUCAUCAAAAAGUACUGUGUUGUAUGUCUUCUAUGUCAGACGUUGACUAGAGCAGUUUUAGAGACAACUUAGACACUAAAGCUUCAUCUGUUUUAGAGAAAUAUGUGGCAUUGUACAGUUGUUAACUAUAAUCCUGCUUAUGAUGAUCUUUUUUGCACUCUUUCUCACCUUUUGACUUUUUAAUUCAUGUGUUUCUCUACGCUGACAGUGGAGAACUCGUGGAGUCGUGCUGUGCAUGUGGCCUCUGUGAAUCUGUCUGCGCCUGCUAGCUCAGAUUGUGUCGGUCAUUUUAAACAUUUGCUGGUCUUUCCUGAGCACAUUGGCAAAAAACAAUAAAGUUACCAAACGUGAGUUAUUAAAUCUUCAA